AAGAAAAACCAAGAAAAUUGAUGGAAAAGCAGUUUUUCCAUAGUAAAGCAGACAUUAAGAAAUUCAUUACCAAUAAAACAGUACUCAAAAUUUUUUUUUCAAAGAUCCCAUAAAGAGACCACAGAGUCAGUGAUGCCAAAAAAUCUAGUGGAAUGAAAAUAUCUCCCGGGUAUUUCAAGGAGAAAAAAAAAAUGAGAAAUAGAUAAACAAAGCAAUGACAAGAAUAUCAAUGUUUUAGUAAUAACUCUAUGUCCAUGGGCUCAGGUCCCUGAUUAGAAGAGAUAGAUUAGUAAAUUGUAUCAGAAGCAAAAUCCAACAGUAUUACAUGUACAAGAAACACAUUUAGUCCAAAAUGAAAUUCAUACACUAAAAGGAUAGAAAAUAAUAUUCUGUGCAAUGGGAUUGCAGAAACAACAAAGGAUAGCUAUUGAAGUUUCAGACAAAGUAGAUUUCAAGUGAAAAUUGAUUAGAAGAGGCACUAUAUAUUGAUUGAGGAAACAGUUCAACAGGAAGAGAUAAGAAUUAUAAAUAUGUAUCUAACAUACAGCAGUGUACCCAACUUCAUAAAAUAAACACUACUAGACAUAAAGAUCAGAUCAACAUCAACACAAUCAUAGUACAGAACCUCAAUACCCCACUAUCAUGAAUAGAUCAAUUAGAGGGCAAAAAAGUUAGAGUUAACCCACACAUUUGAACAAAUGCACUCAAUAGACAUCUUUAGUGUUUCACCAAACAACAGAAUACAUGUUCUUCUCAGUCACACACAUGCAACUUUUUCCAAAAUAGACCACACACAAGCCUAUAAAGCAUGCUAAAGUAAAGGAAAAGAACCAAAGUAAUCCCAUGCAUAUUGUUAGAUUAUCCACAUGGACUUGGUAAUUCUUCUCCUUGCUUGAAGAUUAUGGAAAAAUAUCAACUAAGGUAAAUAACUUAUGAUACAAUUCUUCUUUACCUUUGGAUUUGUCCUCAUCUUGCCUUUUGUUAUGAAGACUACCAACUUGGGAAUAAACUAAGUGUGACCUAACUAAGGAAGUCUUGGGUCUGCAAAGGAAGGGAAGGGCUACAUGCCAACAGAGCUGUGUAACCUGGAUGGCAUAGACCAGCUGGAAUUAGUACAGCAUUCCUGGGAGAGGAUCUUUAUUCAGGUGCUUUAUUCAGGGGAGUUAGGUGAAAUGUAAAGCUGCAAAUUGGAGAGUUUGUGAAAAUGUGAGCAAAACAGGAUUUAGUAUUCAGACAAGGGCUUCACAAUUCUGCUCUUAUUAAUCUGCUGCUAGAAAGGCCUCUGGCAUUACGUGAAAAAGCAAUGGCCCACACUAAAAGAUGCAUGGCAUGAAGAAAAGGAUGAAAAAGCACAGAAAAGUAAGCCAUAUGAACCUAGGAGAGAACCCAGCUGACAAGUUCCUUGGGAGGUUGCUAUGGACUAAAUUUUGUCCCGUCCAAAGUCAUUUGCUGAAGAACUGACCACACAUUAUGCUUUGAUACAAAAUGAUCUGCAAAACUCUCAUGCAUUCAGUGGUGAGCUUUGGAAGGCUCUUGGAUGGUGGGGCAUUACAUUCUUCAGGAGAUUCAGCCAUUGAUGAGUUCCUGGCUGGAUGUGCUGCUCGGAGGUGGGGCUUAGUUUGGAAGUGGAUCAGAGGGAGUUGACGGGUGUACUCUGAUCUCUGGCUGCUCCCCGUUCUCUGUUUGCUUCUUUGCUGCUAUGGGAUGAGCAACCUUCCUCCACCACACCCUUCCACCAUGCCAUUUCUGCCUUGGAGCCAACAAUCAUACACUGAACCCACUGGGAAGUGUGAUCCAGACAAACCUCUCAUCCUUCAAGUUGUGGGUGUUGGGUAUUGUGUCCAGCAAGAGGAAAGCUAAUACACAACCCUUCCCCUUGUGACAUUUGGAGAUAAGGCAUUUAGUAAGAACUUUUGAGUAAAUAUGCCUUGUUUUCAGUGCUUGUGGAGAAUGAGAACAACCAGAGGCAGAUCUUCUGGAGUAAAGGACACUGAAGGGGGCUAAGCCACACCCUGGAUCUAAUGGAAAUUACUAAGGUUGAGAAGAAACACAAACUGACCCUAUCAGAUGAGGUAUAUUCUAUAACAGUGAGAGAACAGUUAGAUUUUCAAGAUGAUCUGCAGGGGAGAAAUGAUGAAGUGGCCCUAACUCAAAACCAGGAAGAGACCUUUACUGGUUCCUCAAAUCACCUCUCUUGUGAAGACAAAUCCUUCUGUGCAGGCUUGAGUCAGGGAGCAGAAGAGAAGUCCACCAACUUAGAGCAUUGCUCAAAGGUCUCUCCUGCGGGCCAGUGCAGCGCUGUGAAGCAGGAAGGUGUUGGAUCCUCUGAGAUGCUUUUAUAUCAAGACAGGAUGGAGAGGGAGACAUUCUUUUUUAAUUCACGUUCCCUUUCACCUUGGUCCUUUGCUAGUAGCUCACCAUCAUCCUUGGAAUCUUCUGAAGAGAAACAACUCAUGAAUAUUUACUACAUGCAUGUCCCAAAGAAAAGGGGUGCAGCAGUUUUAGGGGAUGCAGAAGAAGACUCAGAGCCACCUCAAAAGAGGAUAAGGAUAGCAAGAAUUAACAUUCCUAGCAAGCUGCUUCCAAAACUCAGCCUCUCUUAUAUGAGGGACAUCUUAAGUGAUAGUGAGGAGAGCUCCACCAGUGAAGUCCAGGAGCAAAGGGCAGAGGCUGAGAGUCCAUCAAGGCCUGGGAAUCAGGACACAGGGGGCAGCGUCCAAGUCCCAGAAGAGCCAGUGGACCUGCAGGGUGGCUUCAAGUGUAUGGGCUGCCAUCAGCUCUUCGCCAACGUGGAAUCGCUGAAGAAGCACGUGGAGCAAGCGGGCGAGGAGGCUAUCGCCUGCCUAAAUUUUCACCUCACAUUCGCCAAACUAAUGCACAAAAGGAAAAAAAGGAAGACCCUAAGGAGGCAGAACAGUGAGUCAGACGAAACAUCUGGGGGCUCUCGGAGGGCUCUUUUGCGGUUUUUGGUAUUUCAUCUUCUGAUAUUUUGGAUAGUUCUUUUUUUUAUUAUUUUAUCAACUAGAAAUGACAUCACUCCUAUUUCUUGAUGCAAACAAGAGGCAAUCAUGUAUGAGGGCACCAGGAAACUUUUUUGUUUAAUCCAAAAAACAGUCCCAGGGAGACUAAGAAGACACCUGAUCAUUGAAGAUAUGAAACCACGUCCAAAGUUCAACCAGAAAAACACAGACACUAUGUUCUUGCUCAUGUAAGACCCAAUUUCUACCUUGGUGCCUGGGUGCUAAAUGCAGCUGAGCAAUUUCAGUUCAGCUGCAAGACAAACAUUUCAAGAGGAGAAAAUGCUCACAAGGAAACACUCUUUCCACCUCCUAAAAUAGAAGAAUAACGCCAGUGCAAAUUCCUCGACAGCUUCUCUAUAUUUUUAUUUUAGUUUGAAAAUGGCUCAUAAUCUCACCGCACAGCCCAGAAUUGCAUUCAUUCAACUUAAUACUAGCCAUGUGCAACAUCCACAAAUACACACAUGAGACAAAAAAUGCCAAAACAUACAAAACUUCAGCAGUACAGAUUGUAAUGCCCUAUCUCUCCUGCAUUCACCCUACCACACACUCAUUUUCCUCAGGAAGUUCUUUGGUAAUACUUUAAAUUGUAUCUUCUAUUAUAAGUUUAUCAUUAUUAACACUGAAACUGCCAGAAGGCAUUUGGGACCCCUACGUAAGUGCGUAUUUAGUUAUCUUUCAACAAAUUCAUUUAUCAGUUAUUCUGCCCUCUGUUACCUAUUUAUGUGAGGAUUGUCUGUGCGAGUGCACUUACACAUACAAACAGGAGACAAAGCAGGGUUACAGGUACCUUACCUGCCUAGUACUUUCUGUUUUCUUCAUGGGGAGGAGUCUCCUCCAUCUCACCCACCUGUGGGCAAGUGAGUGCCAACCAAAUGAAGCCCUUACUGCACUGUUUGACUUGGUGACUGACCUAUCUAUGCAUGUCGGGCAAUGUAGGGAUAGGUUGGAAAAUUUAAAGAGAAGACAUAGAGAUGUUGACUUUCAGCUGUGAACAAUCUUGUGUUCUGUGCCACCCCCUCUGGACCACUGUUGCAACUCUACAUGAGGUCUGUAGUCCUCAAAAGCUGGUCUUUCUUCAUCAUUCUUUAAAAUACCUGCUUCAACUGUUACUUAAUUCACUGAGCAUCUCCUCUAAAAUCUUCAAUAAAGUUCUGCUUUGCCUCUAA